AUGACGACCACAUCGCCCGUGCCGCUGCGCGAGAUCAUGGACGAAGCAUAUGCACGCGCCGUCGCUGCGACACACGACGACCUCCCUGAAGGCUAUGACCCCAGAGACUUCGAGGACAGCCUCCCCGACGGCUAUGACCCCAAGGACUUUGAGGAUGACUUGCCGCCAGGCUACGAUCCACGUGAUUUUGAAGAUGGUUCCGGCUACAGCGUCGACGCGCUGGCGGCGGACGUGGACUACGCCUUGGCACUCUCGCUGCAAGAGGCGGAGGCCGACAUCGAUGGCAGCGACUAUACAUCGCUCGUUUUGACGCAAGCCUCAGUGUCCAACGACGCGGACGACGACGACUAUGAUGAGGACGACGAGGACGACGACGUCGUGCCCGCCAACUUUGACUUUUCGGUCGCGCCCAAGGACGACAAGCCCAAGCGCAAGAAGCGGGUGCAGAAGGACGCCCGUCGGUUCUACAGUGCCGCCAAGGUGGCCGCGGUGCCUCGUCAGCUCCUCGCGCUAAAAGGACGGCUCGACGACGUGGAUGCGCUCAUGACGUUCCUCUCGACGCAAACGAAUUCGCUUGCAAUCGACUUGGACGGGCACAAGAUGUUUCGGGCGGCCGCGACUGUACGCGACGACGAGUUCUCUCUCUACGUCAAGGGCAUGGAAGCCGAUAUGCAGGUGCUACUGGCGUAUAUCAUGACGCAGGUCGAGUCGGUCGUCAUAUUGGCCGUCAAGGACCUUGCGGCCGCGCCCGAGCCGCUCGUGUGCCUCGAUUAA